AUGAGGCCUGAGAACCAGAGCAGAGUGUCCGAGUUCCUCCUCCUGGGGCUGCCCAUCCUGCCAGAGCACCAGGGUGUGUUCUUCACCCUGUUCCUGGGCAUGUACCUGACCACGGUGCUGGGCAACCUGCUCAUCAUCCUGCUCAUCAGGCUGGACUCCCGCCUGCACACGCCCAUGUACUUCUUCCUCAGCCACCUGGCCCUCACUGAUGUCUCUUUCUCAUCUGUCACUGUCCCUAGGAUGCUGAUGAACAUGCAGACUCAUCACUUCUUCAUUUCCUACCCAGGGUGUAUUUCUCAGUUGUAUUUUUAUAUAUGUUUUGGUUGUGUUGAUAAUCUUCUUCUGGCAGUGAUGGCAUAUGACAGGUAUGUGGCCAUCUGUCACCCUCUACACUAUAACACCAUCAUGAGGGAGGAGUUGUGUGUGCUGCUGGUGAGUGCCUCAUGGAUUACUUCAUGUGCCCAUGCACUGUUGCACACUGUCCCCAUGGUCCGACUCUCCUUCUGUGCCAACAAUGUCAUCACCCACUUCCUCUGUGACCUCAAUGCACUCCUGAAGCUCAGCUGCUCAGACAUCUCCCUCAAUGAGCUGGUCCUUCUCACUGAGGGAGGAAUGGUUUUAUUUUUGCCUUUGGCUAUUAUUUUGGGCUCAUAUAUCCGUAUAGGGACCAUCAUCCUGAAGGCUCCCUCCACUAAGAGACUCUUGAAAGCUUUUUCUACCUGUGGCUCCCAUCUCCUUGUGGUGUCUUUAUUCUAUGGGACACUUGCAGGUAUUUACUUUUUGUCCUCAUCAUGGGAUUCCAAAGAUGUUAUUGCUUCGGUCAUGUAUACGGUAGUUACCCCCAUGCUGAACCCCUUCAUCUACAGCCUGAGGAACAGAGAUGUAAAGCAGGCCUUAGAAUGUGUGCUAACAGGGUUAAAGAAGUUCAUAUGUCAAGGAGGUCACAUUUGCUACUUGGAUUGUUUAUAA